UCAUGCACUUGUUAAUUUGUUUGGAAGAAAAAUAAAUCAUCCUAUUAAUCAGCCAGCAGUCUGUUCUGUGAGAGUAAUUAUUCUUCUACCUUCUCAAACAAGUUAACAUGCUAGUUCAGGAACAAAAUUCCUAAAAGAAUAGUUCUUCCUAGGUCUGCUUUUACACAAGGCAAAUAAACAUAGUCAGUAAUUUCUUUUUUUUACGGAUGGCCCACUCUUGAUAUUACAAUGAGCACCAGCACGAUAGACUUCACUGGGCAGGCAAUAGCUGGCCUUUCCAGGGGCUGGGUCACUUUUGUGCAUUGGUGCUCUGACAGUGACUGCUUCUCACGAGAUCAAAGUAUCCCCAAAGAGAUCUUGAUGUUCCUGUGCCCUUUGAUAUGUAGAGUUCAGUGCCCUUCAGAUUUCAGUUUUUCUGUCAUCCUGGUAGAUUAACUUUAACAGUUAAAAGGAAAAUGUCCUCUGAGGGCUUUACCAGUAACAAACCCAUGUUUAUGACAUUAUUCACUAAAAGGGAUGCAGAAAUGGGAAAGACCUCUCUUUAAUCAAUAAUGCAUGCUCUAGUUAGUCCUUUCCUCUGGACAUGAUUAAACAUGUAUUUUGUUUCAUAACUGAUGAUUUUGGUUGACUAGGGAUUUUAACUAUAUAUCCUCAAGCCUUUGUGACUAGCAUCUGGAAGAUCUAACGUGAACUGGUUAGUCAGGACUACCCUCACUCCCAAAAGGAAAAAACCCCAAAAUCCCAAUGGGGAGAGCUGCAGUUAAUUCGAACCUGUAGUGAGUUAGGCUGAACUGGCACAGCGGAGACCUUGGACGUGAACCAGCUGCAGACUGUAGCCUCAGUGCUUGUCAUUGCUUAUUUGAAGUUUCGAGAAGUAACAUUGUUUUGUUGAUGUUAAAGAUGAAUUAAAAAGUGUCCAAGAUACUGAGCCACAUAUAAUUUGUUAGAUUAAGAUUAAGGUCUGUUCUACUGUUCUUAACUGCUCUUAAAUAUUUUCCCACUGAAGCACUUUGGCUUCUCCAUCGCUGUUUGUGGGCCAUGCUGUAUUUUGGCAGCUGUUGUCAGCCUUAGGGGAGUGGUCCUGGGCUGUUCCAGACCUCCAGAACGCAGCUCGUAGGAGACCCUGAUCCCUGCUGAAGCCAGAGGUGCAGAUUAUCACCCCCACCCCUGCAAUCCACAUUGAGAGGCGCAGACAAGGUGCCCAAACACAGCUUCCUCAGCAUACUUCUUUAGGAUCUAGGUGUUUUUUUUCUCCUUUGUUAAAGAAAAAUGCCUUCCUUGAGCGGAAAAGUGCAGACUGUCUUGGGCCCUGUGGAGCCAGACUGUCUUGGCUACACGUUGACUCAUGAACACUUGACUAUGAACUACAGCAGCUGCUUUUGUCCACCUUCUCCAGGCCAAGAGCCUUUGUCUAAUGGGCCCAUUGAGAUGAAGAACUUGUUUUGGAUUAAGCAAAAUCCGUACAGCCAUAAAGAAAACCUUCUUUUGUAUCAGGAAACAGACGCUGUGAGGGAGGAGCUGCUGCAUUUUAAAGCAGCGGGUGGUGGGACAAUUGUGGAAAACACAACUACAGGAAUUGGCCGGGAUGUGAAAACGUUGAAGAAACUAGCUGAAGAAACUGGAGUUCAUAUUAUUGCUGGUGCUGGGUUUUAUGUGGAUUCCACUCACUCUUCUCAAACACAGGCCAUGACAGUGGAGCAGCUGACAGAGAUUAUUGUUGAUGAGGUACUCAGAGGAGCAGAUGGGACUAAUAUCAAGUGUGGUGUGGUGGGAGAAAUAGGUUGCUCCUGGCCUUUGACUCCGAGUGAGCACAGAGUGCUUCAGGCAACAGCACAGGCUCAGGCACAGCUUGGGUGCCCUGUUAUCAUCCAUCCUGGCAGGAACAGCGACUCCCCUUUCCAGAUUCUGCGCAUUCUGCAGGAAGCUGGGGCUGAUGCUUCAAAGACAGUCAUGUCUCACCUCGACAGGACCAUAUUUGAUAAAAAGAAACUCCUCGAAUUUGCUAAACUUGGAUGUUACUUAGAGUAUGACCUAUUUGGUACAGAAUUCCUUCAUUACCAGUUCCAUCCAGAUAUUGACAUGCCGAACGACAACGAAAGGAUUGCAAGGAUUCGUUUGCUGAUUGAUGAAGGCUAUGAAGACAGAAUUCUGAUGGCUCAUGAUGUGCACACCAAGAACAGGUUGAUGAAAUAUGGAGGUCAUGGAUAUUCACAUAUCUUGAAAAAUAUAGUUCCUAAAAUGCUAAUUAGAGGCAUAUCCCAAGAUAAAAUUGAUAAAAUACUCCUAGCAAACCCAAAGCGGUGGUUGACUUUUAAGUAGGAAUAAUGAAUAAAUAUACUUGCAACCUAAGACAAUGAUUAUAAGGAAGCUUGAUAAAAUCCAGAUUUUGGUAGAGAAGUCAUUAAAAAAAAAAUUCCGAAAAACUGAAAAUUAAUAAGUAAAUGCAAAUAAACUGAUUCCUUAGAACAUCAAAAUUGUGUACUAUCUCUGCAUUUUCUCCCUUCUGAAAUGAUUUACUGAAUAUGAGCCUACCUACAGAAUCUUUUCAACUGAAAUUUUAAUAUAAUUGUUUCAAAAUCAUAAUCUAAUACUGUUACUGAAUGUUACCUCCAAACUACUUUUGAAGAUGUGUCACCUAGACUUGGAAGGAAAUUAUGGUUUUCAGUUAAAUUUCCUGUCUCCAGCGGCUGAUUUUAAUCCUUGUAAUACUGUACAACUUCUCAUUAUCCUCAUAUUCUUUAAGUAAUACUUGAUAAAAGGCCUGGAAGUUUUAAUUAGCUUCCAUAGACAAGAAAAGGCAAGAGGAAUCUCAAAUCUUAAAAAGAUAAUGUUUCUUUCUAGUUUAACAAUUUACUUAAUUGUAACUGAAAAUGUAAAAAAUACAUGGAAAAAUAUAUUUUUGAAUAAAGCAUUUUGAUCACCUUUUAAACUACAUGCAGUAUUAUUACAGAUGUCUUUUUCUAAUUGCAUUAGUUUUUUAUCAUGAACUCAGAGUCUCACAGCAAUCAUGUAACACUUGACACAUACCAGCUUCUUUUUGUAAGGAUGCAACACCGGCACUCAAAAUAUAUUACAUAAUACAGUUUUAAUGAGUUGUAAUAAUUAUAACAAAGGUUGUGAUAUAAGUCUUUACAAAUCAGUAUAUCAAGAUAUGAUGAAAAAGGAAGAAAUUUUUGCCGUAUAUGUGGUUUUCAAAUAAAGUGUGUUCUUUGCUCUUGUCUAACGUUAACCAGGGCAGGUGAUUUAUCCAAAAAAAUGAUCUUAUCCAAUAGCAGUGGUAGCCUGAUUUCAGAAAGUUCUUCGGAUUUGGCCAUGUAUGUCUCGUAGUAUUGAGCUUUACCAACAAACACCAUAGUAAAUGCACACUGCUGGUUGUGGAUGAUCUCUAGCUCUAGGUGCAGGACUGUUGGACACUACACAGGGAAUCUCUAGCUACACUGCCUGGGAGUGCACUGGCCAGCAACAGCAACAGUGGAGCGGACAGACAAGUCAGGUACACAUCUAUUAUUAAAAUAGUUGUCUCAGAGAAAUUAAACAGGAAUAACCACUGCAAUGUACAGAUAGAGGCUGGCACUUUGUCAUAAGGUAAAAGCAUGAGCCGUCUGGUGAGAUAAUACACAAGCAGCUAGCAGCACAAUGUCCCCUUGUAAACCCUGGAGGAGUUUGCCUGGUGAUCCUCUCAGUCAGCCUGGGCUCGCUUAGCAUUUAUUUGGAAAAACAGAAGGAGUAACAUGUUCUGUUUAAGAAAAGGUUCAUUCACUCAAACGAGAUUUUUUAGGGAGAUGUGAAACAUCUCCAUCAGACUUUUGCUGAGUAGCCAGCACUAGGGAGCUUUUUUUGUCAGAGUGGCAGACACUUCGGAAAUUUUAGUGCAGAUAAAUCUUAAGUUUGUACCCUUAUUACAAUAGACAAGGUUACUUGUGAUAGAGUAUAUUAAAUAGCAGUGCUAGGGAUAGCCUCUGUUACUCUCUAAUGAUUUAUAGAAAUGUUACCUUGAUUUUACCAAAAGGUUAAAAAUAAAAAACGUAACAAACUGUGCUAAAGAAAUAUAAUAAUCUUGCUGAAAUUUAGGUUUAGAAUGAAAUCUGGAAGUUUUAAUCUGAGAGAAACAGCCUCCCAAAACCAAAACAAAUAAUAAAUCCAUUUUCUGAAUAAAAAAAAUCCAUGGACAUUACUGCUAUGACCGACUUUAAAGCAUUUUUAUAACUAUGUAUCUGUGUUUAGUUUUCUUCUCCAAGCCAUUAAUCCUCUAUAUGGAUUAAGCUUCUUUGAGACUUUAUAUAUCUAUAUCUCUAUCUAUAUGAAUGAGAAAAAUAGGUUUUAAUACACACUUUUUUUUGCAUGUGAAUAUCUGCUUCUUUCUUUGCAUAUGUGUUAUCAUUUUUGGUAAUAUGCUUCUCUGUGUCCAUCUCAUAGGCACACCUUACCACAAACUGGUACUAGCUUCCAUGGAAAAGGUCUGUGUGACAGCAUUUUCUCAUGUGUCAGAUCUCCCACUCUUCCUUUGUUGGAAAAAUCCCACAGACUUCAGUGAGACAAGACACCUAAAGACAAUUAAGGUUUUGACCCAUUCUAUUCCUAUGGAAUUCUAGUGGAACAUCUGCAGUAUAUUAAUCUGUAACUACUUUAUUAAAAAUAGAACCCAGGUACAGACUAAGUGCUAAAAGACUAAUGAAGACUAAUUGCUGCAAAGAAAACACUCUGCCUUAGUAUGAUGGUCUGGAUGCCAGGCUUUCUAAGUAUUUACACAAUUAACCAUCAAGAAUGGGCCUGUAAUAAUUGUCUAAAUAUACAUUUACAUGGAUACAAAUUAAAAGCCAUAUCCCUUUUCCACUAAUAGCAAUGAGAGUUUUGCCAUUUGCUUUGGUGGAAUCAGGGAUAUGGACCAAUAGAAUAGUUUAUAAACUAUUUUAUUUUUCAGGGGAAAAUAGUGUUUCUUCUAUAUUUCUUUUUCUUUUAGAGGACAGCUAAGGGAAGGACAAAAUUUAAAUAACUCCCCUGGAUUAAUUUUAUGUUAAAAGUCGAAUGUAAACCUACAAAGCAGAAACAUUGAGUUAAGGCUUGAAGCUGAUUAGUUUCUAAUUUUAAGUGGAAGGGUAAGAAAAGUACAAGGCAAACAAUUUCUUUGCAGAGAGAAAGUAUAUUUUGAUUACCUCUUCCUUUUAUUGUAAAAUCAUUCCUCACCACACUAUGAGUGGACUCCAAGCAUCAUUGUUAGCAGGUAAGUCACAAGAACCAAAGCUGAAGUAUGGAUAAAGCAGCAAGAUCAUAACACAUCAAAGUAUCAUAUACACUGAAGAAAUAACUCAGCGUCCUUGGGUGGGCUUUUCUUCCCUAUAAAAAUUUGCUCUAUGUAGAACUUCAUUCACAUGGACACUAACAAUGAGGAAGUAUUUGCUUUGGCGGAAGUGGAUCGCACAUCUGUU